AUGAAUAACUUGCCAGAACGGGAGUUUUACACCAUUGUUGCUGGUGGUGUAGCUCUUGCUGCUAAUGCCGGUUUCAUCAAUGUCGUCUCUAUGGCAGGUUAUUUCCAGGCAAGUGCCAUGAACCGUGUGACGGUCUCUCAUGUCACUGGAUCGGUUUCUCGGGUUGCUAUAUCGGCUGUUCAGCAAGACUGGGAAACAUUUCUUUUGGUCGUAUCUAUUAUUGUAUCAUUUACAUUUGGAUCGUUUAUGGCUGGAUUUAUAGUGGGUGACAACCGAUUCAAACUUGGUGCCAAUUACGGAAUAACACUGUGUAUAGAAUCUGCUGCGUUGUUUACAUCGUUUAUGUUUUUGCGUCGAGAGUUGGUAUUGGGCGAAUGA